UCUUAACGGAAAAAAGUAUAGCCAAGAGAGAAAGACGCACACGUACGCUCCCUUCAUACACACACGCGCGCGCACACACAGAGACACAUAUACAUAUACAUACGUCUAUACAACGUGAUAUAUAUGUGUGCGUACACACACGCGGAAAACAGGACUUCUUUACAAGUUUAUUCAGGAGUAGAUAUCCGAAAAUGGAGUGGGAGCUAUGGAUUUAACGCGUAGAGGAGUUGAAAUGGGCGGCUUGCUGCUGGAGUUGCUGCUGUGGAGUUGCCUAGUGUCGACGAUUGACGGCUCACCUCUCCUCCUGUUUGCCAAUCGCCGUGAUGUUCGAUUGGUGGAUGCAGAGGGUGUACGGGGAGAGUCAGCUGUCGUUGUUAGCGACCUGGAGGAUGCUGCGGCGGUGGACUUCCUGUACGCUGAGGGCUUGAUCUUCUGGACAGAUGUCAGUGAAGAGGCCAUCAAACAAACCCACUGGAACCAGUCAUCCAACUCUCUUAAAGAGGCGCUAGGAACAGGCCAAACCGUGGUCGUAUCAGGAUUGGACAGUCCUGAUGGGCUGGCUUGUGAUUGGUUGGGCAGGAAGCUCUACUGGACCGACUCUGAAACCAAUCGGAUUGAAGUUGCCAACCUGGAUGGCACCUCCAGGAAGGUCUUGUUCUGGCUAGACCUGGACCAACCCAGGGCAAUCGCUCUCAACCCUGCUCACCGCUACAUGUACUGGACAGACUGGGGUGAGGAGCCUAGGAUAGAGAGAGCUGGCAUGGAUGGCAGCAACAGGAAAGUCAUAGUGGAUGUGGACAUUUACUGGCCCAACGGUCUGACUAUUGAUUUGGUGGAGCAGAAGUUGUACUGGGCAGAUGCCAAGCUCAGCUUCAUUCAUAGAGCCAACCUGGACGGAUCUGCACGGGAAACGGUAGUGGAGGGUACCCUAACCCAUCCUUUUGCACUAACACUGUCUGAGGAGACCUUAUACUGGACGGACUGGCAGACUCGCUCCAUCCACGCAUGUAACAAACACAACGGAGACAAAGCCAGAGAGAUCCUGAGCGGCAUUUAUUCUCCUAUGGACAUCCAAGUGCUGGGACCACAGAGACAGCCCUAUAUUGAGACUCCCUGUAGUGAGAAUAAUGGAGGAUGCAGUCAUCUCUGCCUGCUGUCUCCUGUCCAGCCUUUCUACAGCUGUGCCUGUCCCACUGGAGUCCAGCUCAAACCAGAUGGCAAGACAUGCAAACCUGGGGCAGAGCAGGUUUUGUUGCUGGCCCGACGGACAGACCUGAGGAGAAUCUCACUAGAUCUACCGGACUUCACUGACAUAGUGCUACAGGUUGAUGACAUUCGUCAUGCCAUAGCUAUAGACUAUGACCCGGUUGAAGGUUAUGUCUAUUGGACAGAUGAUGAGGUUAAGGCCAUUCGGCGUUCCCGCAUUGAUGGCAGUGAUGCCAUGACGCUGGUUACCACGGAGAUCAGCCACCCAGACGGCAUUGCUGUAGACUGGGUUGCCAGAAAUCUGUACUGGACUGACACCGGCACAGAUCGGAUCGAGGUAACCAGGCUGAAUGGAACCUCCCGGAAAAUCUUAAUCUCAGAAAACCUGGAUGAACCCAGAGCCAUUGUCUUAGACCCGGUUAAUGGUUACAUGUACUGGACAGACUGGGGUGAGCGUCCCAAGAUAGAGCGGGCUAACCUGGAUGGUUCUGACCGUAUGGUUCUGCUCAACAGCUCUCUGGGUUGGCCCAAUGGACUGGCUAUAGACUAUAAAGCAGGAAAACUCUACUGGGGAGAUGCCAAGACUGACAAAAUAGAGGUGAUUAAUGUGGAUGGCAGUAACAGACAGACUCUCCUUGAGGACAAACUGCCUCAUAUCUUUGGUUUUACUCUCCUUGGGGAUUACAUCUACUGGACCGACUGGCAAAGACGCAGCAUUGAGAGAGUCCACAAGGGCACGGCUGUACGAGAAAUCAUCAUUGAUCAGCUGCCUGAUUUAAUGGGGCUCAAAGCUACUAAAGUGACUGAGACUUAUGGUACAAAUGGCUGUGCGGUAGAUAAUGGGGGAUGCAGCCAUCUUUGUUUCUGGCGUCGGCAGGGUAUUGCCUGCGCCUGUCCCAUGGGUAUGGAGCUCCUUUCAGACCUCCAGACCUGUGUGGUCCCUGAGGCCUUCCUGCUCUUCACCAACAGGGACAACAUCAGGAGUAUUUCUCUGGGUACCAACAGCAACGACGUAGCCAUUCCUCUGACUGGAGUUAAAGAGGCUUCUGCUCUUGACUUUGAUGUCUCUGAAAGGAGGAUAUACUGGACAGACAUACAGGCCAAGACGAUCAGUAGAGCAUAUAUGAAUGGCAGUGCUAUAGAGCAUGUCAUUGAGUUUGGACUGGACUACCCAGAGGGCAUGGCGGUGGACUGGAUGGGUCGCAACAUCUACUGGGCGGACACAGGCACUAACCGUAUUGAGGUGGCCCGGCUGGAUGGCCAGUACCGCCAGGUUCUGGUCUGUAAGGAUCUGGACAACCCACGCUCACUAGACAACCCGCGAUCACUAGCACUGGACCCAGCUAACGGCUAUAUGUACUGGACAGAAUGGGGCGGUCGUCCUCGUAUAGCAAGGGCCUAUAUGGAUGGCAGCACCAUAGUGACCUUGGUGGAUAAAGUGGGCCGGGCUAAUGGACUGACCAUUGACUAUGUUGACCAUCGAUUGUACUGGACCGACUUAGACACAUGCAUGAUCGAAAGCACCAACAUGCAAGGUCUGCAGAGAGAGAUUAUCGUAGACGACCUCCCCCACCCCUUCGGUCUGACUCAGUACCGGGAUUACAUCUACUGGACGGAUUUUAACCUGCGGAGCAUUGAGCGGGCUGACAAACGCAGCGGGCUUAACCGCACUGUGGUUCUGCAGGGCCAGUUGGAGUUGAUGCUAGACAUCCUGGUGUUCCAUUCAUCUCGUCAGGAUGGUGCCAACGACUGUUCCCAUAACAACGGACAGUGUGCCCACCUCUGUCUGGCCACCCCUGCCGGUGCCCAGUGCCGCUGUGCGUCCCACUACACCCUAAACCCUGAUGGACGAAACUGCAGUUCUCCCUCUAGCUUCCUGCUGUUCAGUCAGAAGGCCAGUAUUAGCAGGAUGGUCUUGGGAGAGCAGAGCCCAGACAUCAUCCUGCCCAUCCAUGUGUUAAGGAACGUCAGAGCUGUCAGCUAUGACCCGCUGGACCGUCUGGUCUACUGGCUUGACGGGCGACAGAACAUACGCAGGGCCAGAGACGAUGGUGCUAUGUCUGCCAUGGUAGUGAACAGCAUGGUACAGCCAGUGGAAAACCAGCCUCAUGAUCUGAGUUUGGACAGCUACAGCCGCCAUGUCUAUUGGACCUGUGAGAUGUCCAAUACGAUCAAUGUUCAGCGGAUGGAUGGACACAGUGUGGGCGUGGUGCUGAAGGACGAUACUGACAAGCCACGGGCCAUUGUGGUCAAUGCAGAGAAAGGGUACAUGUACUUCACCACAGUGCAGGAGCGCUCAGCAAAGAUAGAAGGAGCCAGCUUGGAUGGGACUGAGAGAGAGUCUCUGUUCACCACUGGUCUGAUCAGACCAGUAGCGCUGGCUCUAGACAACAAACUGGGAAAACUGUUCUGGGUUGAUGCUGACCUCAAACGUAUUGAAAGCAGUGACCUAACGGGAGCCAAUCGUAUUGUGCUACAGGACUCCAACAUUCUCCAGCCAAUGGGAUUGACAGUUCUUGGAGAUCAUCUGUACUGGAUUGACCGGCAGCAGCAGAUGAUAGAGAGGGUGGACAAACUGACGGGCGACAGACGAACUCGCAUCCAGGGACGAAUCUCCUACCUGACGUCCAUACAUGCUGUGGAAGAGAUGGAUCCGCAGGAGUUUGCAUCCCACCCUUGUUCUCGUGAUAAUGGGGGCUGUUCUCACAUCUGCAUUGCCAAGGGUGAUGGUACGCCACGGUGCUCCUGUCCCAUGCACCUGGUGUUACUCCAGGACCUGCUGCACUGUGGAGAGCCUCCCACCUGUUCCACAGAGCAGUUCACCUGCUCCACGGGGGAGAUCGACUGCAUCCCUAUGGCCUGGCGUUGUGAUGGCUAUGCUGAAUGUGACGACAGCAGCGAUGAGGAGAACUGUCCCGUCUGCUCGGCCUUCCAGUUCCAGUGCGAUAAAGGAGGAUGUGUUGAUGCCCAAAGACGCUGCAACGGAGAGCCCGACUGUGCCGACCACUCUGAUGAGCAGGACUGUGACACUAUCUGUCCGCCCAACCAGUUUCGUUGUGGUGACAACCAGUGUAUCACCAAGAAACAACAGUGCGACAACUACUCUGACUGCACGGAUGGAUCAGAUGAGCUUGCCUGUGAAUUCCUGCCUCAUCCUUCCAGUGACCUCCCCCCCAGCUCCUCCACCAUCGGCCCUGUUAUUGCCAUCAUCCUAUUGGUUUUUGUGAUUGGUGGUGCAUAUUUCGUAUGUCAGCGCGUGGUGUGCAGACGCUACAAGGGUCCCAGUGGGAGUUUCCCCCAUGAGUACAUUAGCAGUACACCACAUGUGCCCCUCAACUUCAUUGCUCCCAGCAGCUCCCAGCAUGGCACCUUCCAAGGUAUUUCCUGUGGUAAGUCCAUGAUGAGUUCAGUCAGCCUGAUGGGCAGCAGCAGCAGUGGAGCUCCGCUCUACGACAGGAACCAUGUAACUGGAGCCUCAUCUAGCAGUUCAUCAUCUACAAAAGGAGCAUUUUACCCUCAGAUACUGAACCCACCUCCCUCCCCUGCGACUGACCGCUCGCUCUACAACGCAGAGAUCUUCUACUCAUCAAAUAGUCCAUCCACCACAAGGUCAUACAGGCCCUACCAUCCAGUGCGUGGUGCAGCUCCACCCACCACGCCCUGUAGCACAGAUGUGUGCGACAGCGACUACACCCCCCACCACCCAGCAGCCAGCCUCACCUCGUCAGCAGGUCGCUGGAAGGCCAAUGGCCAUGGCGCCCAUGCUAAACACAACAAGUACUACAUGGACCUGAACUCAGACUCGGACCCCUACCCACCGCCCCCCACGCCCCGCUCACAGUACCUCUCAGCUGAGGAGAGCUGCCCCCCCUCGCCCUCCACCGAGCGCUCCUACUUCCACCUCUGUCCCCCUCCCCCCUCACCCUGCACUGACUCCUCAUGACCCUUCCAACAGAGCCGGGGAGCAUUGUGAGGAAGGAAGGGACACCAAGUGCCUACAAACAAA